ACACACACACACACACACACACACACACACACACACAGUACAUCUUCCACCGCCACGGACAACGGACCACGUACACACAAGCCUAUUUGGAGACGUACACGAAGUUAAAAAUACGUACACACAUAUUUACGCACACAAUACACCUGAAAACAUAUGUGAAAAAAAAAAUCAGUGGAAAAAUAAAAGUAAAAAAAAAUAAAGGACGAAAAGAAUAACGAAAAAAAAUGGAAAGGCUGAGAAAGUAUUAAGACUACUACUACUACUACUACUACUACUACUACUACUACUAUUAUUACCACUAUUACUACUACUACUACUACAGCGAUGGGCGGACGUGUGGUGAUGGUGGUGGUGGUGGUGAUGGUUGCGGCGGCGGCGGUGGUGGAGGCCGGCCUGGUGACCCCCGCUCCCCACAAAAUAGAAGAGGGGAGGGGGGCGGGGGUGAUGAGGGGGAUGGGGGGAGAGGUGGGGGAAGAAGGGGGGUGUCUACGGCAUCUACUGUGGUGGUGGGGAGGAGGAGGAGGAGGAGGAGGAGGAGAGGAAGAGAAGGAGGAAGAAGAGGGUGCGAACGUAAAUGCAGUGGAAGAAGAAGAGGAGGAGGAAGAAGAGGAGGAGCCCAGUUCACCACAAUCACUCCACAACCACAUCACCACAACGGAAAAGCCGAGCCGGUGGAGUUCGUGGUGGGGAAAGGCGAAAAACUUAGCGAAGAAGGUGAAAAGCGGCGUCAAGGAGGGAUUGAAUGCCACGGGGAGACAGGUCGUAAGGGCGGGGAAGGCGAUCGGAUCCAGUAUCAAAGCCGGCUACAAGAAGAUCAAGUUGAAGGUCUUCGGGUCUGGGGAGAAGUUUAAUAUCGUGACGAACCGCUUGAAGGAGAAGAUUGAAGCUGGAGACGAGAAGGCUAUUGCACUGAUGAAGAAGUUAGGGAUUCACAUUACCUUUAUGGGGACUCAGAUAACGGGAUCGAAUGUGGAAAAUGGAUCGAAACCCGUCAGUGAGGUUUUAAUGGAGGAAGGAUUAGCUAAGAACAGGUCUUUGGAGGGAGAGGCGAAAGUGGAGGAAUGGACUAACACCUCCUCCACCUCCACCUCCACUCCUGUCACCUCCAUCACUCAUCACCAUCAUCACCAUUUUUCCUCCACCUCCUCCACUUCUUCUCCUACUCCUCCUCUCUCGCAUUUUCCUUCCUCUUCCUCUCUUCCUCCUAUGGAUUUGGAUAGUGAAGAGGAGUAUGGUGAGGAAGAUGGUGAGAGUGAGGAGGAGGAGGCUUUGGUAGUGUCAUCACCAUCAACACCAUCAUCCACCACCAACACCACUACUAUUUGGGAAGAGGAGGAGGAGGAGGAGGAGGUCGAUAGUGAGGAAUACUAUGAAGAAACUACAAUGCCUUCCACUUCUACUAUUACUACUACUACUACUACUACUACAGAACCUUCUACAACUGAUACCACUAUGACUACUACUACUACUACUACACCUGCUACCACUACUACUACUACCACUACAACAAUUCCUACCACUACUGUAACUUCAACCACACCCUCUACCACAACCAUGCCCACUACCAUUACUACCACCACCACUAAUCCACCAACCACUACUCCACCACCAACCACUACUCCACCACCAACCACUACAACCACUACCACUCCACCACCAACCACUACUCCACCACCAACCACUACCACAACCACUACAACCACUCCACCACCAACCACCACCACCACCACCACCACUACCAGAGAGCCAGAAAGGACCAUUGAGGAACCUUACGAGCCGCCUCCCUUCCCUGACGUCUUUGCCGAUAGGGAUGUAAGGGACAGACUGAAGGAUUUUUAUGACAAUGGUGAUUUUAGCCACGCGGAGCUGGCCGAGAUAUUCAACUUCGACCCGGAUAACUAUGAGUAUGCUUACGAUUAUGAGUACGGGGACUAUAGCCAUUCGUGAGUAAGGCGUUAGUGUGUGUGGGAGUGUGCGAGUAUGUGUGUGUUUUAAGCAAGGGUGGAAAAUAUACAACAUACAAAACAACAUAAUACAACAUACAGCAACUAGGAUAACUAUGAGUACGCCUACGAUUAUGAGUAUUGUGAGUACAGGGACUAGCCUAUAGCCAUUCGUGAGUAGGGUGUUUGUGUGUGUGUGUGAGUGUGUGUGUGUGUUUUGACCCCUUGACUGUGGAUUUCCUAUAAGAAGACAUCACCAAGCUACAGGAGUGGAGCAAAAAGUGGCUGCUAAAAUUCAAUGAAGAAAAAUGUUAUGUCCUACACCUUGGGAGGGGAAAUCCAGCAUACCAAUACCACAUGGGAAACACUCCACUAUCCACCACAGAGGCAGAGAAAGACCUGGGAGCAUAUGUUACCAGGCUACCAGUGAAGGGAUAUCCAGCACACCAAUACCACAUGGGAAACACUCCAUUAUCCACCACAGAGGCAGAGAAAGACCUGGGAGUGUAUGUUACCAGGCUACCAGUGAAGGGAUAUCCAGCACACCAAUACCACAUGGGAAAAACUCCACUAUCCACCACAGAGGCAGAGAAAGACCUGGGAGUGUAUGUUACCAGGCUACCAGUGAAGGGAUAUCCAGCACACCAAUACCACAUGGGAAACACUCCACUAUCCACCACAGAGGCAGAGAAAGACCUGGGAGUGUAUGUUACCAGGCUACCAGUGAAGGGAUAUCCAGCACACCAAUACCACAUGGGAAACACUCCACUAUCCACCACAGAGGCAGAGAAAGACCUGGGAGCAUAUGUUACCAGGCCACAAGUGAAGGCGAAAUCCGUGCCAAUCGCAGCAGACAGGUUAAGCAAGGUAGUCAGCUCGAGGGUGGAAAAUAUACAACAUACAAAACAACAUAAUACAACAAACAGCAACUAGGAUAACUAUGAGUAUGCUUACGAUUAUGAGUAUGGGGACUAAAGCCAUUUGUGAGUAGGGCAUUUUUGUUUGUUCUUUACAGUAGAGGAAACAGGUCAAGGGCAAAAAAAAAGGAAACUAAUGAAAAAAAAGGCCUGUCAAGAGGAGUGGCCAAAAGAAAGGUCAAUUUCAGGAGAGGAGAGGUUUGUGUGUGUGUGAGUGCGUUUGUGUGUGUGUGUUUGAAGCAAGGUAGCCAGCUCAAGGGUGGAAAAUAAUACAGCAUACAAGCCAACAUAAUACAACAUACAGCAACUAAAAUACAACAUAGAUAGCUCCCUAGAUGCAGUUCUGAUAUAAGAGAAAAGAGAGGUCAAAAAAGGUCAAUUUCGGAAGGUGUUAUGAUACUCUCCUCUCGAAAUUGUGUGUGUGUGUGUGUAUGUGUGUGUGUGUACCUAUGAACAUUGCACAAGUAACAAAUGGAUAUACACUCAUUCAUCUCCUCCUACACUGAGUAACUAUAUUUUUUUUUGGGUUUCAUUAUUAUUAUCAUUAACAAAAGGUAUUAUUAGCUUUUUUAUUGUUACUAGCAUGAUUUAUAGUUGUUGCAAAAAAAAAAACUAUAUGUAUAAUUUCAAUGAGUAUAUAUUUUGAAACAGCUGAGUACUAUGUGAGAUUAGUGUGAAUAUGAGUAAGUUGUAAAAAAAUGACGAUAAAAAGUCUCUAUCUCUCUCUCUCUGGCUCUCUAUCUUAAUCUUAUCUUUCUCUCCCUCAGGCUGGCUUGUAAAAGGUGUUUGAUCCUCCUAAGAACUUACAUAGUGGUUUUAGUCCCCUCUUUUUAAUAAUUCUCUUGUUGUGUGUGUGUGUGUGUGUGUGUGUGUGUGUGUGUGUGUGUGUGUGAAUAAAUGGAGAGAGUUGAGGUUUUUAUCACUAAUUUUGUUGCUGCUAUUAUUAUUAUUAUUAUUAUUAUUAUUAUUAUUAUUAUCACUGCAAGAAAUGGGUUAUCUAGUGAUGGUUAUGUAAUUCUUGAUCUAUAUAACUACUACUCAUUAUAAAUAUUAAAAUCUGAAUUAUCACAGUUAACUAAUAUUCUUCCGCCUAUAUCAGUCAUCUUGUCUAAUAACUUCCUUGUGUGUGAAUGGACGCUGAACGAUAUUACUAGUUAUCGCUCGUACAUAAAUAGCAUCAUAUAUUGUCACCCUCUUAAAAUAAUUGUCUAAGUCAUUUUUCAGUGAUUUCCAGGUUUUUGUCUACAUCACUUUUUCAUCAUGUGACACCCAUUUUUGUAUAGUUGCCCUCGUCAUUCAGGGUUUGAGUGUUCUAGAAUUGGCCUUUUCAUUUCUGCCUAAAUCUUAACCCGGUAGCAGCGACGGGCCAAAUUUGUGGCUUUAUCGUGUAUCAGCGACGGGCCAAAUUUGUGCCAUGAUUUAAACCCCCAAAAAUAGAUGAUACAUAAACUGAUCACAAAUGCUUUGAUAUAUAUUAUGAAAUGGUUUGUGUGAGUGAUGAUUUUUUCUCAUUUUUCUCGCUUGGAGGGACCAUUAAGAAACAUGAUCCCCACUGCUACCGGGUUAAGCCAAAUGAGAUGAUGACAGUUCUUUUCCAAUUUCCUGUAAAGUAGAUAAUAAUUACUUGCUUGUUUACGAAGGUGACGAUAUAUUACGCCUUAGAGGGUUUAAGAAAUUUGCUAUACUAAGAGCCGAUUUCACAGUCCAACACAGUGUCUUCGUAACAGCCCGAACCAAACUACAGAAUCCCAUACAAUCAAAAAUGGUGAGGUCUUCGAUGCCACACUAAAUACACAAGACUUUUCCGGUAUAGUUUUAUCAAAUUUGUGAACUUAAAUACAAACACUAGACACUAUACAAGGAAAUUUUGAAGGCUCUGGUAUUGGUUUGGGAGCUUACUAACCCAUCACGGGGAACUGUGAAACUGACCCUAAGACAUGCAUUGAAUCACAAAUUACUGUAUAUCGACUAGUGAGUUUAUGUAUGCAAUGGUUGAUGAUGAACAAAUGUAAGGAUCAUG